AUGAAACCAUGGAAAGUUAAAAAACAAAUGGGUGGAGUAAAAAGAAAGGCUUUGAGAGAAUACAAGAAUAUCAUUAGAUUAUCGCAAAACCAAAACGACGAGCCUACAUCAGCAGAUGAGAAAAAUUACACCACAGUGAAUAAAGAAGCAUUGCAUAUAGUAAAGAAACAGUGUUUCUUAAACCAAAAUCCAGAAAUAGACUUGAAAAUUAAUGUUAUUCCAGGCAACAGUAAAAGUACAAUAUACAAAUCCAGUGAACUUGAUAAUAAUUCAUGUCAGUUGCAAACAAAUAAACAGGGUUCCGUACAACAGCAAAUUAUCUCUGAUGUUGAAUAUCCUCUAAUCUGUGAAGAUCUGUUACCACUCAGUAGUUCCAACAACUCAGAUGACGAACAAGAAAGUGAAAUUAUGAAAAAUAAUAAUUUUAUAAAUGAUUUACGAACGUGGGCGCUACAAAAAAAUAUAAGCCAAUCAGCUUUGAAACAUUUGCUUUCAAUUUUAAAUAACAGAUUUGAAGAUAUUUUACCGUCUGAUCCUCGAACGCUGUUACAUACGCCAACGGCAAUAUGUCUUAAAACAAUCGAAGGUGGUGAAUAUUGGCAUCAUGGUAUUAUUAUGCCUUUAGCAAAUAUCCUUGAAAAUUGUAUACCGCUGCCAAAUAAAAUUCUUCUGAAUAUAAAUAUUGAUGGCUUACCUAUAUUUAAAAGCUCUAAAUAUGAAUUCUGGCCGAUAUUGGCUAACAUUUAUCAAAGUGACACUAGUGAUCCAUUCAUUAUUGGCAUUUAUUAUGGAAAAGGUAAACCAAAAAAUCUUAAUAACUUCCUAGAAGAUUUUGUUAACGAAAUGGGUAUUGUUUUGGAACAAGGAGUUUAUGUUAAGGGUGCCAACGUGAACGUCAAAGUUAGAUGUUUUAUUUGCGAUUCCCCGGCACGCGCAUACGUCAAAGGCAAGUUUACAUAA